CAAAAAUAGAAAGUGAAAGUGAAAGUAUUGUUGGCAAACAAACCCUCAAAUGUUCGCGGAGCUCGUGCUUAUAUUAACAGAACACAAUAAUCGAUAAGAUCCCCGCAGAACUGCAGACAGGAUGGACACGCGUACAGAGGAUCCCGUUCACGGCAGUAAGAAGAACAAGAAAAGACAUAUCCAGAGAACAAGGAGUCCAUUACGGUACACCCGCCCCUAUCGGCCAAGGUUUGAAGGGAAAAACCUGCAUUCACGUUUCAGGUUUUUCAGGACUAUGGAGGAACGGCGUUUUAUACGGCGCCCAAAUUUUGCACUGAGGUACCAGAGGCAUCAUACAUAUCAGUGGUCCAGCCUACAGCUAAGGCGUAAGCCCAGAGCCUCUUCUCCUUCCAGCCAGCAGUUCGACAAAGGCCUGAACAAGAAUAGCUCCACAGCACACAUUGAACCCGGCAGAACAGACAUUUCUCGGCCAUCCUCUGGAAACAGAUCAUCACUGUCAUCCACAGUGUCACAGAAACCCAGCAACAGAGAUGCUCUCUCAUCUGUGACAUGUGCUGUGGCACGAAACAGAGCUAUACAGAAGAAACAAGAGCAGAUAGAGGAGGAUUUCCAGUGUGGUUGGAUCCACCAUCACACCUUCCGAAAAUGCAAUAGUAUCCAGCUGCAGACCCACAGCACCAGCAGUUUCAGAACCACAGCCACAGAACCGGAAGUGAGGGGCGGAGCUUACAUUCUUAACAGAGUAGUGCCACCUUAUGGUUUUUAAAAGGUAAUUUGUUUUAUUACACAAAAUACGUUUAUUACACAUAAAUAGUUAUUUCCUGUUUGUGAUAUUAAAAAUAAUUUUUGAAACUUCUGGCCAUUUUAUACGAAAAUAUACUUUAUAUAUAAUAAAUAUAAUCUAAUAUAAUCACAAGAUUCUGAAUAAAUGUUUACUCCAAAGUCAAGAACAUGUGCAUUAUAAAUUUUUCUAUAUAAAAAAUUAAACAUUCCAAUAAAACACACACAAACAAACAGCAGCAUGAGUUUAAAAGUAACUAUUAAAAUGUACACAAUAAUUAAAUUUGAUAAAGUUUUAUGAAGUCUAUAAAAUGAACAAUUCACUUUUAAGCCUAUUUUGUCAUGACAAUCCUGCAUGAAAAUUUACAAAAUUAACAAAUUACUCUUGGGCAUAUUUUGUCAUGACAAUCUUGCAUAAAUUCUAAUUAAUAUGUAUCAAAUGAACAAUUCACUCUUAGGCCCAUUUUGUUAUGACAAUCCUGCAAAAAUAACUCCCCUGAACACAAGAUGAAAUAUGAAGGGCACUCUGGAAGCUUCUGAUUGUUCCAGGAGAUUGUUGAGGGCCUUUUUUCUUGUCCUCUUCUUCCAUUAUAAGGAAACAAGGCUCUUCCACUGGCCCCCAGAGCAGAUGUCAGAUAUACACAGAUAUACACUGAAUGAUAUCUAUAUUUAUUGAAUGUCAAAUAUUUGUAAAGUCAUGUAACGUUAGCCUACACCCAUUUGAUGCUUGAAGCUCGUUAUCAGCCGAAUCUGAGUUCCAGCCGUUCUGUUCUCCCUUGUCUGGAAUUGUUCAUGUUUGGGUCAACCUUGCUAUGUGUAUUUUCCUAGUUGCUUUUGAUUAUUAAAAUUAGUAAAAUUCUCCUAUGUCUCCUCGCUCCUAUGCUCCGCACUCAUACACAGCAGCAGUACCGUGACAGAAUUCCAGACUGACAAAAAAUAAACGGUGCCCUGGUUUUCCUGGUUUUUAUGGCAGCAUGGAAGUCGCGGCUCACU